UGCGCGAGCGGGCGUGCCCCGGAAGCGGUUUUUUGGCCUUGUGACACGUAGCAACGGAGCCAGUUCAGGGUCCUAAGCGGUGUUUGGGGGUUUUAGGGGUUUGCCGGAGCCGCUGCCGCCGCUUCUCCGUUUGGUCCUUGCUUUGACGCGUCCCCUAUACCUCAAGCGUGGCUUUCUAGGAGUCUGCACCGUCGCGGCAGGCUCAGGCCUUAUUUUGCAAAGAGGCAGUCGCAUUGUCAGCGGCAGAGCCCUUCCCCCGAGAUCAUUUGCAAUGUCAGGCUUUGAUAACUUAAACACGGAUUUCUACCAGACAAGUUACAGCAUCGAUGACCAUUCACAGCAGUCCUAUGAUUAUGGAGGAAGUGGAGGACCCUAUAGCAAGCAGUAUGCUGGCUAUGACUAUUCGCAGCAAGGCCGAUUUGUCCCUCCAGACAUGAUGCAGCCACAACAGCCAUACACCGGGCAGAUUUUCCAGCCAACUCAGGCAUAUACUCCAACAACACCUCAGCCAUUCUAUGGAAACAACUUUGAGGAUGAGCCACCUUUAUUAGAAGAAUUAGGUAUCAAUUUUGACCACAUCUGGCAAAAAACACUAACAGUGUUACAUCCAUUAAAAGUAGCAGAUGGCAGCAUCAUGAAUGAGACUGAUUUGGCAGGACCCAUGGUUUUUUGCCUUGCCUUUGGAGCCACAUUGUUACUGGCUGGCAAAAUCCAGUUUGGCUACGUAUAUGGGAUCAGUGCAAUUGGAUGUCUAGGAAUGUUCUGUUUACUAAACUUAAUGAGUAUGACAGGUGUUUCAUUUGGUUGUGUGGCAAGUGUCCUUGGAUAUUGUCUUCUUCCCAUGAUCCUACUUUCCAGUUUUGCGGUGAUAUUUUCUUUGCAAGGAAUGGUAGGAAUCAUUCUCACUGCUGGAAUUAUUGGUUGGUGUAGUUUUUCGGCUUCCAAAAUUUUUAUUUCUGCAUUAGCCAUGGAAGGACAGCAACUUCUAGUAGCAUAUCCUUGUGCUUUGUUAUAUGGAGUCUUUGCCCUAAUUUCCGUUUUUUGAACUGAAUUGAUCUGGCAUGUGGACACCAUUGAGCCAAAAGGACUUUGAACUCUUAUAUUGGACCAGCGAACUGCUACAGUGCAACUCCCGUGCAGAUCUAACGUUUGACUAUUGGCGCAGUGGAAGUAAACAUACAUCUUUUGUUCAUUUUUAUAGAACUUUUGAAUACUUUGUUGGAUUUACUUGCAGUAUGACUAGCUUUAAAUGUUUGUGCUUAUACCAAUAAGAAGUGCUAUUUCUUUCCUGUUCUGCAGCCUUUGAAAAACAGAUUUUUUUCUUGCAAAUUAUAUUAAGAUGUUUUUGAUAGGUUUUUAUCAACUGUGGGAAACUAACCACAGGGCUGAUAAUCUUUUCUUAAAAACAACCCAGUCUUGGUUAAGAAGACACAAGAUUUACUGCAGAAAUGUUUUUCCAAGGGAUUGGGAAAGAAAAAUUGCCUGUAAUUGCCUGUAUUCUCAAGUUAGAUGCACUUGAAGCAAAAAAGCGAUCCCAAUGUAGAGUUUUAUGAGUUUGCCCUGCAUAAAUUUGACAUUCCUUUAAAUUAUCUCAUGGAGUUUUUGCUAAAAUUCAACAAGACAACAAGUUCCUAGUCUACUUGAUUGUAGACAGGAAGUGUGAGCACCUGUUGAGGUUAGCAUGAACUAAACCAUAGUGACCUAGACUGAACGCAUUAAUGUUCAUAGUCGUAUCUCCAUGUUUCCUAGGAAAAAGAAAAUCACUAACCUUUUUUGAGAAAUAGAUUUAAAACGUCACAGUUUCAGUACUGCAGUUAUCAAUGUAAAGUGCAUUUGAUGCUUAGUAAUUAAAAUUUUCCCAGUUUUAACUGUGUUGAGUUGACUUUUGCUGUUUUCGGUGUCGCAUUUUCUUUAAUUAGGUUCUGGUUUUAACUUGUAUUCAUAAUUUAUUCUAAGCUUGAAGAAUAGAAGUCAUUUAGUAUAGAAUCAUAAAAGAGAUUAAAUGAAAAGCAAUGUACUUUGAGUUACAACAUUAUUUCCUUGUAUUAAAUUUAUUUGGUUCAUGUCAUGUUCUCUUGCCAGAGAAUCUAUGAGAAAAUGCUGUAUCUUGUAUUUUGAUACAGCAUUGGCUUUUUCUGAAGAAAACUGCCUCUGAUUUUUGGACAGGCUCAUUUACAGUUGUGAGAAAGAUGCCUUAUGGGAAGGAAAAUGUUGCCUUUUUCAAAAAAGGAGACUUUCAGACCAAAUAAAAACAAACACCAAACUGAUGUCAAUGGUUCUUUUUAAAAGUUAGUUUUCAAUCAUAAAAGGAGGUUAAGAUAAUAAAACACAUUUCUUGUAAGAUCAUGAUUUCUGAUCUCUGGAAUCAUAUAAAUAUGUUUUUCUUCAUUAAUACUUAAUUUCCUAGAGGAAUACUCUCACUAAUUUGUUUUGGGCUGGGUUUUCAAACAUACCAAAGUGUUUUAGAAUAUUUUUUAUUGUAAUCUGUGUAUAGUAUUUGUUUUGUCUUUUUCAGUUCAUUUUAUAAAUACACACUAAUAUUGUUAAGGUAGAUAUAAUGAGUGCCUUCUGUGAAUAUCCAGUUUUUCCCAAUGAUCAGUGUAGAGGAUGCUUUGGGAAUUAAAUUUCCCUACUAUUGCUUAGACUUAGACCAUUAAUCUUCAGCCAGAUUCCCCAAAUGGAUCAAAUUGUUUUAUUUUUUUGCCUCUCCGAGCCCCAAGAAUAAUACUUUUUAAUUUAAAUCAAUAUUGAGAGACUAUUGUUACUUGUCUUAUAGAACUCCAAAAUGAUUACAUGCAAACCCAUUUUAUAUAUAACGGUUAUCCUGUCAAAACAGCUUUAUAGUGGAAUUGUAUUUAAUGUAAAAGGUUAGUUCUAGAGUUUGCUUGCUACCUGGUGAGUCCUGUAUAGCCAAAAUUUCCCUUCUAAAAUUUCUCUUUAAAAUGCAAUAUAUGUAGCCAUAUUUAUGCAUACUUUAAAAACUGAAAAACUAUGUUUCAAAAAGUUAUAUGUAAUAACUUUAUUCUCUGGCAUUGUAGUAGGUUUCUCUUUCUUGAGUUAAGUUACAAGAAGAGCAUCUAGCUUGCUUUUAGGUAGGGCCCAUUUUAUACCAAAACCAUAUACAUGUACCUUUAAAUACUAGACACACUCAGUAUAACUUCAAGCUCACUUAGUGAUUGUUCCUGGAUAAUAAAUUUACCAUGAAUGGAUCUGCAAGUUCACUCACUGGAGCUACUGUGUUAUGUGUUACUUAUGCAUGCAUGCAUGUAUAUCAAGGACAGAUAACUGCUUGUAUGUAUGGUAUAAAUGUAUAUUUUAUGACUUUUAAUACCAUGUUACAUUACCACGUUUACCAGUGGGUGCUUCCAAGAGCUAUGUAACUAAGCUUGUAGGAAGAGGCAUUCUUCCUCCAGAUACAGUUAUAAAGAUGGUGCAAAAUUCUAUAAAUCUUAAAAUGCUAAUUAUGUCCUCAAGUACUAAGCAUCCAGUCAAAGAGAAUUUUUUAAAAUGUAUCUAACGACAUGAUUUCAGUUAGAAUUUAAGUACUGUGCAUUGACAUUUUCCAAGUUUAUUUGUAAGCUUUAAUGGGCAUUGCUCAACUCAAAUAUACUCCAAAGCUAAGUAAGGACAGUUGUCUCUGAAGAUCAAAUUAUGCAUUAUUUUUAUAGUAUUCAUUACCUAUUUUAAAAAAAGGAGACUUUCCUUUCUGAAGUUAUACACUUUUUUCCAUAUAAAUGGAAGAAUUUAGAGCUUUGGGCAAAAGGAGAACUCUAGAAAUUACAAUCUUCUCCUAUAGGGUACUGUGACCUAGUUGUGGAGAAUUGUGGGAAUUCAGGAGCACAUUGGAGAUCUGCCUGUUGUCGUAUAGAGCAGAGCUGAUGUAAUGACUCAGACAAUUUUCUUAACUUGCCCUGUGAGAGAAAUAAAUAAUAACGUGUGUGUGUGUAUAUAUGUAUAUAUAACAUAUAACAAUAAUGUGUAUAUAUAAUUGUGUGUAUGUAUAUAUUAUAUAUAUAUAUAUAUAUAUAUAUCACAGGGCAUUUUAUAUAUUUUAUAAACAUUUAGAGUUAGGCAAAAACAUAAGUACCUUUUCAAAGAGUUACAGUAGUUAACAAGAGAUUCCUUUUUUUUUUUUUUUUUUU